AUGUCGCAAACUAUGUACCGACAGCUAAACUCUUACUCGGCUUCACAGACAGAUCGAUCAACCGAACUUGCAACAUACUAAUUCUUGCGCUUCCAUCGUCGUGUUCUUCCAGGCACGCUCGCUUUGUCCAUCAUCUGCCUCUGUGAAUUGGAAACCGUGGUGAAAUCGUCGCAGUAUCUAAUAAGAAAGAGCUACAGAUGGAAAUUCCCCUGACCUACAAAAUUACAUCUCAGUAAUAAGGGUGAGGAGCACACAUUCCUCGACAAAAGCUCUGCUUUGAUCGCGGCAUCGAAAUAUCCAGCUCAUCACAUUCAGAGGAAACUCAUUACUGAGCUGGCCCAAAAAGAACAAAAGAAUUAGUCUUGCGGCGCAGGCUGCCUUGCUUGUUCUUUUCUGGACUACGAACGGAGGCAAGACCUUGGAAAUGGCGGCCAUGAAGGUGCAAAUGACUUUGACCAAGCCGGUCACGUUCGUGACGGGCAAUGCGAAGAAAUUGGAAGAAGUGAAGAUGAUUCUGGGCCAGUCAAUUCCUUUUCAGUCGCUCAAGCUUGAUUUACCAGAACUUCAGGGGGAGCCAGAGGACAUUUCAAAAGAGAAGGCAAGACUUGCAGCGAAAGAGAUUGGAGGUCCGGUGCUAGUGGAAGACACUUGUUUAUGCUUCAAUGCAUUGAAUGGCCUGCCGGGACCCUAUGUAAAGUGGUUUCUCAUGAAAACGGGCCAUGAAGGUUUGAACAACUUGUUGGCAGCUUAUGAGGAUAAGACAGCAUACGCACUAUGUGUCUUUUCUCUUGCUCUUGGACCCGAUUUUGAGCCAAUCACCUUCAGUGGUCGAACCGAGGGAAAGAUUGUUCCAGCAAGAGGCUCUGGCAACUUCGGAUGGGACCCAAUUUUUCAACCUGUUGGUUCCGACUUUACAUUUGCAGAAAUGCUGAAAGAUGAGAAGAAUAAGAUAUCUCAUCGAAGGAGAGCACUGGAUAAGGUCAAGGAAUACUUCUAUGAUUUCAACUAUGCUCCGAGAUCGGGGAAUGUCUGAUUGACGAUUUUGGCAGCUGGUUUGUCGGUGCAUCCCAGCAUAGUUUUUAGUUCAGUUCUGAGGAACUAUUCUUGGUCUUCCAAUUCUAAUUUUUCUUCCAUGGACAGGGCAACCUACAACUCUGAUUUUCUUGUUCAAUUUAAGUUCAUUGCUCACUAUUUUCAAUAAAUUAAAAACAAAAAUUGUUUCAGCA